AUGUACCUAAAACCUGUCACUCCUGAAGAAAUUUGUCAGCUAGGCUCUGAAAUAAAAAACAAAUAUAGCAGUGGCAUAGACGAAAUACCAACUAGUAUUAUUAAAGAUUCUGUAAAUGAGUUAAAAGAUAUAUUGUGCCUUUUAAUUAAUAAUUUAUUUAAAAAUGGAGAAUUUCCUGACGGGUUUAAAAUAUCACUAGUGAAACCAUUAUUUAAGAAGGGUAACCCCCAAGACUUGGACAGUUAUAGGCUCAUCAGUUUAUUGCCUGGAUUCUCUAAACUCUUUGAACUGGCUAUGUAUAAACGCCUAAUUAACUUCUUAACAAAUUGUAAGUUACUACACAAUAAUCGACAUGGAUUUUUAAAAGGAAAAUCGACUCAAACAGCAAUCUUCCAAUUUAUUAAAAUAAUUUUGCAAUAUUUUGAAAAACGGGAAGUAGCAACGGGGAUAUUUUUGGAUCUAACCAAGGCUUAUGACUCUCUGGACAGAGAUUUACUGUUAAGGAAAUUGGAAAGAUAUAGGGUUAGGGGUAAUGGACUUAAGUGGUUGCAAUCCUUCCUUAAUGGGCGAAUGCAGGUAGUGGGAGUUACUAAAAAUGGUGAAUCCAGUAAAUCCGACAUUGUAACUAACGAAUACGGAAUCGUCCAGGGCAGUAUUUUAGGGCCACUUUUAUACGCGGACGAUACUGUGCUUCUCGCGAGUACGCUGGAGGACCUGCAGGAACUUUUGAACUGCGUGGCAGACAGAAGUAGGGAGAUGGGACUCAAGCUGAACAUCAAAAAGACUAAAUGGCUAGUAGUAAGCAAACAUAGAGAUGUGUGGGGUGAUUUGGAGUACGACGGAAAACCCAUAGAACGCGUCCAACAUUACAAAUAUUUAGGCUGCAUACUUAACGCAGAGUGGGACAACACACAAGAGAUAAGAUCCCGAAUAGAGCAAGCCCGGGGCGCCUUCGUUAAAAUGAAGGCCGUGUUAUGCAGCCGCGAUAUCGAUUUAGCUUUGAGGAUUCGCAUUCUCAAAUGCUAUGUCUUUAGUGUGCUCAUGUAUGGGGCCGAAUCGUGGACGCUGACCGAAACCAUGUGCAGAAGACUGGAGGCUUUCGAAAUGUGGACAUACAGACGCAUGCUGCGAGUCUCGUGGGUUGACAGAGUCCGAAAUAUAGACAUAUUAAAUCAACUAAACAAACAAACAGAAGUCAUACACACUAUCAAAAAGAGAAAACUAGAAUAUUUCGGACAUAUUCUACGCAACACAAAGUACCAAAUACUCCAACUCAUUAUGCAGGGCAAGAUAGAUGGUAGGAGAGGCCCAGGCCGUCGCAGAACUUCCUGGUUGAAGAAUCUGCGGCAGUGGUAUGGUGUUGGCGCCAGGACACUUUUUAGAAGAGCGGUGGACAAAGUCCAGAUCGCGCUGAUGAUCGCCAACGUUCGAUAG